AUGAGUCUCACACAGAAGACCACAAAACUAUUGGUUGACCUGUCUGUCAUGACAUGGGACUUUGGCCUCUUUCUAGCCAAUCUCCUGCUCCCAGCACAUCCACCCAACAAAGUGAUUGCCGCAGGCAUACCAGGUCACGCGGGGAAAUGGCCAGAAUAUACGCCUCCACGCGAAGGUGACUCUCGAUCAGCGUGUCCGAUGCUAAACGCAAUGGCAAACCAUGGUAUCCUCCCACACAACGGCAAGAAUAUCACCUUCCGCGACCUCAACACCACUGUGCGGCAGACCUUCAACUUCGCGCCAUCGUUCUGUUUCUUUGUGCCUAACUUCGCCGCUAAUUUCCUCGGCCGUUCGUAUUGGACUGAUGCAUUCGAUUUGGCCGAGUUGAGCAAGCACAACGCCAUCGAGCAUGAUGCGAGCCUGACGAGGCGAGAUGUAGCGCUGGUGCCUGGUCAGGGUAAGCCAGACUCACAGCUGGUAGAGGAGUUAUUAAGCGCUGCAACUGGGAAGGGGGAGGACGGUGCAGUGCUAUUGACAAAGAAGGAUUUGAGUAGGCAGCUGGCGAAGAGGAGGAGCGAGGCGAGAGUGGAGAAUUCCAAGUACUCUGAAAGCUUGUUCCAUAAUAUGUUCGGAAGCGCAAACUCGUCUACGAUGCUCACCAUUUUUGGUGGUCGCAUCGAUGACCUUAGGCCCAUGCUGACUGAAGAACGGUUCUCAGACGACUGGGAACCUCGCGUUCGAUCUCGGUAUGGACUCACUAUGGCUGCGUUCAAUGGUACGGUGUUGCCGGUCGAGUUGGGUGUCUUGAAGAAGGUGAAGGAGCAGUGA